ACUCACAUUCACAGCAGCAGCAAGUGGCUGAGAAACAAACGUAGAGAACGGUAUCACCGGCUUUAGAUUACACUAUCAAGCGAAUAAAACUUCCAAACAGCAAUAUGGGUCUGCUCAGUAAAGUAAUAUCACAAUCGGCGGGUAUGGCGGUUGCUGCAAGAUGCUACGGCUCGUCCGGGCUAGUCGCCCAAAAGUGGAUCUAUGCAAAAGCAUUCAAGGGAGAACCUACGGCGCAAAACUUCAGACUGGAGAACGAAGAGCUCCCGGCGCUAAAGGAUGGAGAAUUCCUCGCCCAGGCCGAGUACAUCAGCGUGGACCCAUACAUGCGGCCGUACAUGAUGGCCUACCCGGAAGGAUCCCUCAUGAUUGGCGGUCAGGUGGGAAAAGUGCUCGAGAGCAAGAAUUCGGCCUUCCCAGUGGGUGCUUCUAUUUUUGGUCAGUUUGGUUGGCGCACGCACACCGUUUGCAACCCAGCUGGGAGUAAGCAGAAUGAGCGUCCUUACGUGCUACCCGAUUUCGGCACGCUCCCAACCAGUUUGGGUCUCGGAGUGCUCGGUAUGCCAGGUAAUACGGCUUACUUCGGCCUGCUGGAAUUGUGUGCCCCCAAGCAGGGUGAAACGGUGGUAGUCAGUGGAGCCGCUGGUGCCGUGGGUAGUCUCGUGGGUCAGAUUGCCAAGCUCAAGGGAUGCACGGCGGUCGGUAUAGCUGGUUCCGAUACGAAGUGCCAGUGGAUGAAGCAAAUUGGGUUUGACGAGACAAUCAACUACAAAACGGAUAACAUAUAUACCGAGCUGAAGAAGAAAGCUCCCAAGGGAGUGGAUGUUUAUUUCGAUAACGUCGGGGGUAAAACUUCGGAGGCGGUCUUGAAAUUGAUGAAUCUGUACGGCCGGGUUGCGGUUUGUGGAACGAUUUCGAACUAUAACACCGACAUCGAAAAGGUGGCUGAUCCGUUGCGGCAGAUGGUAUUCAAGCAGCUUAAAAUGGAGGGAUUCGUGGUGUGGCGAUGGAAUGACCGCUGGAUGGAGGGGAUCAAAGCUAAUUUGGAGUGGAUCAAGGAAGGGAAACUGCAGUGGCAUGAGACCGUUACCCAAGGGUUCGAGAAUGUACCGGUUGCGUUUAUGGAUAUGCUGAAGGGUGGAAACACCGGGAAAGCGGUGGUUAAAAUAUGAUUCGAUGGUGGCGAUACGAGUUCUGUUUCUGUUAUGCAUUUAUUAAGGAGGAAAAUAUAUUUUUGUAUGUCGGCUAAGAUA